AUGACGAGGGUCAGUCCGGAAUUCAGAGAUGAGGUGCAAGCUGUUUGGCCAGUGUCGGCAGACGCCAAACUCAAGGAGGUGGCAUCUUUAGAAGGGCACGUGCUUCUGAAGAAGCUUAGGGAUGCUUUGGAAUAUCUGAAAGGAAGGUUGGCUGGUCGAAACAAAGAAGACGUUGAGAGAGCAAUUUCGAUGGUGGAGGCCUUGGCAGUGAAGCUGACUCAAAAGGAAGGGGAGCUAAUUCAAGAGAAGUUUGAAGUAAAAAAGCUAGUGAAUUUUCUCAAGCAGGCUUCUGAAGAUGCUAAAAAGUUGGUCAACCAGGAGAAAUCUUUUGCCUGUGCCGAAAUCGAGAGUGCAAGAGCUGUUGUUCAGAGGAUUGGGGAGGCUUUAGAGGAGCAAGAAAAAAAUCAAAGCUCAGGCAAACAACAGGAAAUGGAGGGACUAAUUGAGGAGGUUCAAGAGGCCCGAAGAAUUAAACUUAUGCAUCAACCUAGAAAGGUAGUGGACAUGGAGCAUGAACUUCGAGAACUGAGGCUUCAAAUCCGAGAGAAGUGUACAAUUUCACUUCAGCUUCAAAAUGAGCUGGCAAUGAGCAUGAAAAAUGAGGAAAACGGAUCCCGAUUUUAUGAAUUAAAUGGGGCUGAGAAUUUAGGUUCCAUUUUACGAAUUCAGACCUGUUCGGAUGAAGCAGUAGAGCUCGGGAAAUGUGCAAACAAGUGUGUUUAUGCUCCGGAGCCCAUUGAUCUCGGGCGAGUUCUGCAAGCUGACAUAGGUUCGAAUGGCCUAAAGGUAGUUAUUUCCCAAAUGAACGGACGUAAUUAUUCAUCACACUCGUCUCACUUUUUUCAUAUUGGGAAAACAAAGAUAAAGCUUAGCCGAGGAUGGAUCACAAAGGGCAGGGAAUCUUAUUCUAAAACCAUGCAGCUAUGUGGAUUCAGAGGAGGUGGUAACUUGGCUGCCAAGUCCUUGUUUUGGCAGUCCCGAAAAGGACAGUCAUUUGUGCUCGUUUUUGAAUCCGAGCGCGAGCGAAAUGGGGCCCUCAUUCUCGCUAGAAAAUACGCUUCCGACUCCAAUGUCUUGCUCGCCGGCCCAGAUGACGAUGCCUUGCUGUAA